CCGAGUGUGUAACAGAUGACUCUGGCCCUUGGGAGAAGAGUUGAAUGGAUUGCUGCAGUCUCCUUAGCUGCUGGAGCAGCUGCUGUUGGGUAUCUAGCUUACAAAAAAUUUCUCUCUAAAGACAAAUGCUGCAAAGCAAUGGUGAAUCCCCAUAUUCAGAAGGAUAACCCCAAGGUAGUCCAUGCUUUUGACAUGGAAGAUCUGGGAGACAAGGCUGUGUACUGUCGUUGUUGGAGGUCUAAGAAGUUCCCACUUUGUGAUGGCUCUCACACAAAGCACAACGAGGAAACUGGCGACAACGUUGGGCCUCUGAUCAUCAAGAGGAAGGAGGCGUAGAGUGGACAGUAGAAGCUACAAAAUGAAUGUCUGACAAAUCCUCUGCUCACUUGUAAUUGGGGGGAAAAAAAACCCACAAAUCCUUUGUCGUGUCACUGAAGACUUCCCAAUGUAGUAUAUACAUUAGGCUUCAGCAUGUGUAUUUUCUCUGGUGCUUGUUGUCCUUCAAUCACUACAAUGCAUAAUUUACUAAAUAGUCAUGGUUUAAAUUUUUGGUCCUGUAAAGUGUGUGUACCCCUCUCACUGAGUAUGAAACUAAAAUGACGCACAGAAUGUACUUCAUUGGGAAAUGGGUAUUAAAUUAUUUUCAAAUACAUGUAUAUCGAAAGGUAGAUCCUAAAAUCUUGGAGAGGUUUUAAAGUCACAAAGCUGGGUAGAUUUCCAUGUAAAAGGCAGUGGCAGGGAAGAAAUCAUGGUCUCAAAAUGCAGCUUAAUCUCUGAUUAUGCUGCCUUUUCUGCAGGUGUCAUGUUUGGCCUGUUACACUACUGUGCUGCGUGGCUUCUGUAGAAGAAUGAAUUCAAAAUUGCUAGCUAUGAACAGGCAACAGAAAAGGCUGAUAAUAAGAUUGGGUUAGAGGGCAACUUUACCUUUGAUUUUACAGCAGUGUUGAAACUUGACCCUACUUCCAUAUGGUAUCAAGAACAUAUUAUCCAAACCUGUAUUUAGAAUAGGAUUAGGAAAAUGGUCUCUGCAAGAGCUUUCUUAAUAGACUAGGGAAUGACACAAAGUGCACUAAGGGGGGUGGCAGGGUUGUCUUUGCUGCCAGAAAACCUUAGUUUCACCUGCAGUCUCAGAGUGAAGCCAACUUCCCCAGACCACAGGACACUUCUGUGGGGAGGUUAUGCCAAUUGAGUCCAGAAUCUAUUAAAAAAACUAAACCCCCACACAUCAUCACCAGAGCUGGAGAGCUCUUCCCGCUGUGGAGGGAGGAGGCAUACCUUUCUUACUAUGUGGCCUUAGGCUCUAUGUGUCUUAAAUAACUCCUGCCUCCCUGGGCUGUUAAUGUGGUUUAGCUGAUUUUGCCAAAAAAAACCUGGCAUGGACAAGGAAAGGCUUUGGGAACAGAUAGAAACAGAAAAGGAAGGAAGGAAAAGACAGAGCUCUUACCCUCCUUUCCUAUGGCACUUGUCUGCUUGUCUGGCAGGGUUGCAUUAAUGGCUGUCAUGUUGGUUUCCUUAAAUUAAAUAGCUUUGAUUUAUUAACAUGUAAAUGACUACAAAGCAAAACCCAAAGAGUGGGGUGGCAGAAUGCAGUUUUUUAAUAAACCCAGUCUGUUUAACUGCGGCCUUUGCAAGAUUGAGCACUUGAUGUCCUGGGACAGAAACUACCUCAGGGCUGGAUGAAAGGCCUUGCUAAGAAGCUGACAUUUUAACCUGCACCCUUAAGGGUUCUUCAGAUGAUUGGAGCAGUAAAGGUGUUUUUUUUUUAAGGGUUGUUGGUAUGACUGGUUAAUACUGAGGAUGAUGUUUUGCAUAUUCUCGAUGUGAAGCUUUCAGAGGCUGAGGUCUUGGCCAGCUGGUCUGCACUUGGGCAGAAGGCUCAAAAAGUAGAAAAGGCGGCAUAGGUAGAGAAAGGAUUUGUAGGUGGAGUGUUGUAGUAGGGGCACCUCUACUUGAAAUUGCAGUCAAAUAUGUUAGUUUGUCUUUUCUGCCUGUCUUGAGUGUAAAGGUACUGGAUAUUUUUUUUACUUGGCCAAGUACCAAUGCAUAUGGAGAGUUGUUUUAACCUUAAAUUAUUGAAUACCUUGCUUUUAUCCAAAGCAAAGUAACUUCUGUAUUAUUAUGACACUGAAUAUUUCUGUAUUUUUGUCAAAUACACAUUUGAGCUCAUCUUAAUCUCGAGGCUGUAAUGUCUGUGUUCUCAUGGGUGUCCAUUCUUUCAACAGUUACACUGUGAGUAGUGCUGUACACCAGUGCUGCUGUAGUCAUAAACCCAUGUCUGGGGUGGGUUUUCCUUUUGAGACUCCUUUUUCUGUCAGCAGCAAAGCCUGGCUGCAUCUGAAGGAAUAGAAGUUCACUGAAAACUGCAUUAAUGGUCUGAGAGAUGAAGUCUUAUAGUUUCAGAUGAGUCUCCCUAGUCAAAAGUAUUUCCUGGAGUUUGGGCAUCAAGGAAGUGGGCCCCGUGGGAAGUUUUUAUUCCUGGGAAGCAAAGUUGUAGAAGCUGAGUCUGUGUUGACUUUUACACCCUGGUGACUUUUGUUUUGCGUGUCACAUUUUUGAAUGUUGAUUUGAAGUGGUCAGAUCUUAUUUUGAGGUAUGUACUAUUUCCUGUACUGUACCUAAAAAUUCUCAUUAUGUAUGUGAUCUUUUUGAACAUGAUAAUGAGAACAGAUACUUGGAUUUGAGUAAACAAACGUGCCAGCAGUCUCGAUGAGCAUCACAGAGCACACUUCAUUUUUUCCCUUAGUACCAUAAUAGGGUACCAUGUUCUGAUGGGCUGAGUGCUUGCCUGUUCUGGUGUUUUCUGAAAUCUCUUUAGUGCUUUCCUCACAUAAUCUCUGGAGUAUGAAGUGAGUUGGUUACAUUUCUACAAAGUUUUAACCAUUUAAAAAAUCCUGCACAUGUGCAAUUUUGACCUUACAUUGGAACUCCUAUUGGAAAUGUGGUACAAAUCCUCUUGAAAACAGUGAAGAAUUCCUCCCCCAGAGUAAAACUUUCUGUUCCUCAACAUGUAAGUGGUUCUUGGGAAGGUGAACAAAUUAAAAUACCGAUUCUUGAGUAACUGAGUGUGACUCAUCAGUCUAAAUGUCAAAUAUUUGAGUGCUUCUAGAGUCAGCAUCCUUAAAGAGGAGAGGCUGAGCACUGUUAACCUGAAGGCUAAUGAUGUGGUGGAGGCCAGCACUGCAGUCACACGCUGCUCUGCUGGGAGGAAAGAGAUGCUGUGCAGUGGGGCCUCCAUGAGGGCAGGGCUGCUUUAGGAGCUUUCUCUGCAGCCAUAUAUUUAGGGGGUUUCAGCAGCAGUGCUGGCUGGCUGAGUCCAGGCAUCUAGACGUGCUGCAUAAGUGUGUUAGGGACUGAGCAGCUUUUCAUGCACAGAGACUCGUGCACUUUGAGUCCAGGAGUUGUAUCCCCAACAGCUGGCUUCAGAGCUGACUGCAGGCCUUGCUAAAGUCACCAUACUGUUGCAGUUCUGGCGCUGCUGGGGUCUGUAAAAACUUUGUGCAGUUGUGCAGCAGUUAGACUGGGAUCUUCCUUUCAGUGCAACGCUGCUAAAGACAUGGAAACAUGAGUUCAGUGCUGUAUGACAGUUGCUCAGUCCAACAAAUUGAAAAACAUUGUAUAAUAGCAGGAAAGGAUAAGAACAUAGGCAUGAAACUAAACAUUGGUGUUGCAAAGAAACUUUGUCAGCUGGCUUUUGUUUCAAGUCCUGAAGCUUCGAGGCUGACAAAACCCACCCUGAGCCCUGGCUGGAUUAGACAGAGGAGUACAGUCUCCUGUCUGCAUGUGGGCAGAGAGGGGAUGUCCAACACCACUGCCAGCAGGCUGAGUUUAUUGGUGGUCAACAUCUCUAUUUCAUGCAGACCUACUGAAAAGACUAAAUGCCUUUUCCUUGUGCUGACACACAUUCAGCCCAGCAGGGUUAGAUACCUGUUUCCUUAAUUGCUUUCUGCACCCAGACUUGUCUGCUCCAGUUUUCCUGCAUGGAUGAGCAGCUUCUCUGCACUGUCAGGUGAAUAAUCAUUUUCCUAGAGCCAUGCUUAAUUUAGGAUGGGUACCAGGGGCUGCUGUUUGAAGCUCUCAACUGCUUGUUUUCUGUAGCUGCGCUGCCAGCAGUGUGUGGUGCAUUUCUAGGUACGAUGAUUUCCAAGCUGCCUAAUGCUGAGACUAAUGCAGAGAUCAGCUGAAUAAACUCUAAUAAACAUAUAAGUAAAGAAAGAAGAAGAGGAAAAAUGAGAAAAAAAAAAAGGUGGCAGAUGGGAGGAGAGCAUAAGCUAGAAGAUUUAUCAUGUACAAGCACUAUGUGGUAGCAAAAAGGGCUAAAUCAAGUGACAAAAUGGUGUGUUGCAUUUCAUUAUACACCUUACCAGAGCCAAGUGUAAGAUGUACAAAGUGUCUAUUCAUUAGUGUCUGGCACUAGGCAGUUCUAUUAGCCAAAAUUCUUGCUCCUCAGAGUUGAAGGUGUUACAUGCUCCAGCAAACAUCUGUGGUUUUUCUUUCUGAAUUGUUUGUGAAAUCCCACAGUACUGGACAGAAAGCAACACACACCUGUGCCAUGAGUCCUGCUAAUGGUCUAAUGUUCCUCCACACCCCCCUUUGUGAACUGUUUAAUUAGAUAUGCAAUUAGAAUAAAUAGAAGGGAGUAUUUAACAGUAUGGUCACAGAAGUCAGUAAAAUCACAGUAGGUUUACAUGAUGCAGUCCACCUUUGCCAUGUACAGUUUGGACUGGUAAGAAAGGAUUUAUCAGGCAUCUCAAGCAACGUCUGUUUCCUUUGAUACACAGAAGCUGAAGGUCUCACAUAAGCACAUAGAGAUCAUGUGUCUUGUUAUGUUUUUCCCAGCUGAAGACUGAACAGUCUCUCCUGUCCAAUUUGAUACUGCACUGCCCUUAAUCCACCCUGCUCUGCAUCCUUUUUGUUAUGCAGACUGCAGUUUUCUUUUGCUGUGGCCUUAAUGUGUGGCACAUUUAUACAAAAAAUAAAGUGCCUUCUGCUCUCUGGGAGAAGCCUGUGCAAAAGAAAAAGGAGCUUUCUGAGUGUCCCAGAAAUUACAACUUUAAUGUGUGAAGCAUUCAAAAUUCAGUGUACUGCAAGGGUCUGCUCAGUAACUGCAAUGUUUGUUCCAUUCAGUCAAGUCAGCUGGCAACAGAAAGGCAGCAAAAUGAAUUAUAAGGUAACUGACUGCAUAACUUUUCUCAAAUUCAUUUCUACAACUGGCAAAUAUCACCAGACAUGGGUAUGACACGGUCAAGAUGCACUGUCUGUUCGCUGCUGAGGCUCUUGCUCAAGACUUGGGUACCAAAACAGUGGUCAGUGCAGACUUUCACUGAAGUAAUUAAAUCUGUUGCUCUUUUCAAA